AUGAACAGAUCUGCUAACUCGUUAUUUUCAAAUCCAAAUGGCACACAAGUUAAUAGUUAUUUGCCGCCUCCUGAUGCUUUGUCCGAACUGACCUUGUUGUCCGAACUACCUUACUACCCGUUUAAUGAAGCUGAUCCGAUAUUUCAGUUCACAUGUGAUGAGUUGAUUGGUGAUAGAUUUCCCAUAUCAAAGUACCCUUUUGACGGAUUCAUCAACUUUCACUCAUUGAAAAUUUGCAGCUCAAAUGCAAAGCAAAUGUCAAAAUACUUACAGCUAGCUAUGGGGUUCAAAGAAGUAGCUUACAGGGGUUUAGAGAAUGAUUCAAGAUUGGUUGCAUCUCACGUUGUUCAGAAUGGUUCUAUCUUUUUGGAGAUUGUAAACACCUUGGAAACAAUAAAGGAUGAUAAUGUGUUACGAUUCCCCUAUUUUGAAAAGGAUCUUUCCCUUUUCCAAAAGUUUGAUCACGACAUGAGUAGUUAUUUGGAAGAGUUUAAAAUUACUACUGAGGAUUUGGUGUUUGAUUAUGUUAACAACAGGAUAGAGAGUUUGAGUACAAACCCAUUAAAGUCGUUAAGGUUUGGUCGGCACAUGUACAAUACUAUCAUAAAGAGUGGAGGUUACAAAGCAGUCUCUCGGGAGAUUGAAAAGAUUAUUGUUGAUGCCAUCAAUGACUCGGAAUUGAUUUACAAUGACAUAAUGGAGUGCACAUUGAUACAGAAGUUUUUGAAGAACCACGCUGAGGGAGUAAUGGACAUAGCAUUCAAUGUAAAAAGUGCGGAUGCUAUUUUCCAGAAAGCGAUACAGGCAGGUGCUGGAAUCAUCCGAUUACCACGCAUACUUUCGGAUGAAAAUGGAUCAGUUAAGUUGGCCACAGUUACAGUUCCCAACACUGACAUACAGCACACCUUGAUUGAGAAUAUAGACUAUACGGGAACUUUCUUACCGAGGUACUCUGAAUCAAUCAUGGGACUUGCUCAAGGUUACCAAGAGCAAUUGGAUGCGUUACCUGCUGUUCACUUCACUACAAUUGAUCAUUGUGUAGAGAACUAUUCGUGGAAUCAGAUGAUUUCCCAAGCCAAAAUCUACGCCAAUAUGUUUGGGUUUCAUAAAUACUGGUCAGUUGAUGAAAUGGAUGUUUCCACUGGGUUUACUGCUUUAAGAUCCAUUGCGAUGAGUUCGAGUAAUGGUCAGAUAAAAAUGCCCAUUAAUGAGCCAGUCAAGUCUAAAUUCAAAGGUCAAAUUGAAGAGUUUAAUGAUUUUUACGGUGGUCCUGGGGUUCAACACAUUGCAUUACGAACAAAUAAUAUAGUUCAGACGGUGAAGGCGUUAAUUCAAAGAGGAAUCGAAUUCAACCAAGCUAGUAAUCAAUACUACAGAAACUUGCAACAACGUUUGGCAAAGGAUGAUGUUGAAUUGUACGAGGACAUUGCUGAAAUCAUGUCUCUCAAUAUACUAAUCGAUUACGAUCCAACAACCAGAAACAAACGCACAAAGAAAUGUCACUAUAUUUUGCAAAUAUUCUCUCAACCAUUGCAUGACCGACCAACCUUGUUUAUUGAAGUAAUUCAGCGUCACCAUCAUAACGGAUUUGGGAAGGGUACGUUCAAGGGGUUAUUUGAAACCAUCGAACUGCAGCAAAGACUUCGUGGCACUUUUGUCGAGGUAGAGUAA